AUGGCCGUUCAUGCACUUCUCAUUAAAAUUGCUAAUUUAUUAGCAUUCUUUUUUCUCUUGGGUGUCAAUGUCUAUUCGGGUCUUGGACCAGAUAAUGAAUCUCGUUACAUUACAGACCACAUUACAUAUAUUUCUCCAGCUUAUUUUACAUUUUAUGUCUGGUUCCUUAUUCAUCUUUUGCUAACAGGUUUUGUCAUUUACCAGUUCUUUAUAAGUGACGACAAAGCUAUCGUUGACGAUAAUGGUAUUCACUGGCAUUUUGUUGGUGUUGCCCUGCUGAACACUUUAUGGCUUGCUUUAUGGGACGACAAUUUACUCUUCCUAUCGUGGAUUGUAAUCCUUAUAGUAGCAUGUCAGAUAACUCACAUUUAUAAAACGCUAAAUGAACACCAUAAACCUGAAAGCUGGUUGGAUAACCUAUUUAUUCAAUUGCCAUUCACAUUGUACCAUGCAUGGAUUGUUAUAGUAGCAGUUCUUACAACCUUUGCCACCAUUACACCCGAAAAAACUUAUCACAAUGUUACAACAGACGACACGACAACUUCAGUUGCUGACAGUCCAUCCAUAAUUGUACAACUUGUUGUUAUUCUAGGAUUAAUCUUUCUUGAAACGACUGCCGUUGCUUACAUUGAGAAAAAAGAGGAUUACGCGGGUGCAGCGGCCAUUGCUUGGACAUUAUAUGGUAUCUGGUGUGGACAAGAAGAUCCAGUAAUUCAUUGGGCUGCACUUAUACUUGCAGUUAUAGCCACUAUUUAUCUUUUUAAACCUUUGGUCGUGAAACUCUUUAGUAGUAAUAAAGAAACUACUCAACUGAAUGCGUAG